AUGAGGGAUCAUGAGCAAAAUGACAAGCCUCACCGGUGUGACCAAUGUCCGAUGUCAUUUAAUGUUGAAUUCAACCUGACACUUCACAAAUGUACUCACAAUGGCGAGGAUCCUACGUGUCCUGUGUGCAACAAGAAGUUCUCCAGAGUAGCCAGUCUGAAAGCACAUAUAAUGCUACAUGAGAAAGAGGAGAAUCUUAUCUGUUCAGAGUGUGGAGAUGAAUUCACUUUACAGAGUCAGCUGUCCAUACACAUGGAAGAACAUCGUCAAGAAUUGGCAGGCAGUAGGAUUCACAGCUGCAAGUCUUGCAAAAAAGAAUUUGAAACUUCUUCACAGCUAAAGGAGCAUAUGAAAACUCACUAUAAAAUAAGGGUAUCAAAUACCAGAUCUUACAACAGAAAUAUUGACAGAAGUGGGUUUACGUAUUCCUGCCCUCACUGUGGAAAGACAUUCCAGAAACCAAGUCAGUUAACACGACAUGUUAGAAUACACACAGGUGAAAGACCUUUCAAGUGCAGCGAGUGUGGGAAAGCCUUUAACCAGAAGGGGGCUCUGCAGACCCACAUGAUCAAGCACACGGGGGAGAAGCCCCACGCCUGUGCCUUUUGUCCCGCUGCCUUCUCCCAGAAAGGCAACCUGCAGUCACACAUACAGCGAGUUCACUCCGAGGUGAAGAACGGCCCUACAUACAACUGUACAGAAUGUAGCUGUGUCUUCAAAAGCUUGGGUAGUUUAAAUACACAUAUCAGCAAGAUGCACAUGGGUGGUCCACAGAAUUCUGCAAGUGCUUCAACAGAUGUAUCUCAUGUUACAGCGGAGUCCGUCACCCAGCCUUUAACAACAUCUCCAUCUAACCUUUUGCAACCUGUUGAUAACAAAUGGAAGAAUGCCACACAUUUUCGGUCUCCGCUUCUUCAACAGACAGAAAACCAGGGGUCUCCAGCUGCUGCUCAUCAGGGUCAGCAGACUGUCACUGAUGUAAUUCAGCAGCUCCUUGAGUUAUCUGAACCAGGUCCAGUAGAAAAUAACCAGCCUCAACAACCUAGUCAACAGCUCAACAUUGCAGUGGGGAUCAGUAGAGAUAUUUUGCAGCAAGCAUUAGAGAACAGCGGGUUGUCAUCAAUUCCUGUGUCUGCACAUUCUACUGACUGCAGCCAGGCUAAGGCUGCUGGGGCCCAGGAUCAGAACCCAGAUGUCCCGAGCCUCUCAAAUCACCAGAGUGAUUCUAAUAGUGCCGAACAAGAUAAGGAGCAAGAGAGUUCAGAUAAACUAGAUAAAAAAGAAAAAAAGUUCAUUAAGAAAAAAUCACCAUUUUUGCCUGGUUCUAUACGUGAAGAAAAUGGAAUCAGGUGGCAUGUUUGUCCGUAUUGCUCUAAAGAAUUUAAAAAACCAAGCGAUUUAGUGCGCCACAUUCGCAUUCACACCCAUGAGAAGCCAUUCAAGUGUCCCCAGUGUUUCCGCGCCUUUGCUGUGAAGAGCACACUAACAGCACACAUAAAAACACACACUGGCAUUAAAGCUUUCAAGUGCCAAUUUUGUAUGAAAAGCUUUUCCACCUCAGGGAGUUUAAAAGUUCACAUUCGCCUGCAUACAGGUGUUAGGCCUUUUGCUUGUCCUCACUGUGACAAGAAGUUUAGAACAUCGGGCCAUCGGAAAACUCACAUCACUUCACAUUUUAAACAUACAGAGCUAAGAAAGCUGCGACAUCAACGUAAACCUGCAAAAGUCCGAGUAGGAAAGUCAAGUGGUCCAGUACCAGACAUUCCUUUGCAAGAGCCUAUACUCAUAACUGAUCUAGGUCUUAUCCAGCCAAUCCCGAGGAAUAGCCAGGUCUUCCAAAACUAUUUUAACAGUAAUUUUGUGAAUAAUGCAGAGAGACCAUACAAAUGCUAUUAUUGCCAUCGAGCCUAUAAAAAAUCCUGUCAUCUUAAACAGCACAUCAGGUCUCAUACAGGUGAAAAGCCAUUUAAGUGCUCUCAGUGUGGAAGAGGUUUUGUGUCAGCUGGAGUUCUGAAGGCACAUAUUAGAACACACACUGGAUUGAAAGCUUUCAAGUGUGUUGUGUGCAACGGGGCCUUCACUACUGGUGGUAGCCUCAGGCGACACAUGGGGAUCCAUAAUGACCUUCGACCAUAUAUGUGUCCCUACUGUCAAAAAACAUUCAAAACAUCACUCAACUGUAAAAAGCACAUGAAGACUCACAGAUACGAACUUGCGCAGCAGCUUCAGCAGAAUCAGCAGUCUUCUUCAAUAGAUGAUUCUGCGGUACAUCAGCAGAACAUUCAUGUUUCUACACAAAUGCAGGUGGAGAUACAAAGUGAUGAGCUGCAGCAGUCUGAAACUGUUGCAACAGAUCAGCAGGCUAUUUUAGAGUUAGACCAGCAGCCAGUAGUAGGCACCGAAGAAACAGCACUAGAACAAGAACUGGCUGAUCAGCCUUUAGAGCAAGAUGAGGUUUCAGAUAGAUUUGUGACAUCCCAGCAUGCUUUACAGGAAAAUAUCAGUCAGUUUGAACAACAGACUAUAACACAGCAGCCAUUUGAUCAACAGAGCUUAUCACAAGGUUUUACUGUGAAUGACAGCUACAAUCAACAGACUCAAUUUCCAGCUGUACAACAGCUGCAGGAUUCAAGCACACUUGAAUCUCAGGCUCUUUCAACGAGUUAUCAUCCACCAGCCCUUCUUCAGGUUCCAAAUACAGACACUAUUAACGUAACCACUCGCUUGAUACAAGACCAGUCACCACAGGAAGAACUUGAAUUGCACACCCAACGGCCUCAUUUUCUUGAGGAUAAUGAAGAUCAAAGUAGGCGUUCAUAUAGAUGUGAAUAUUGCAACAAGGGUUUUAAGAAAUCCAGCCAUUUGAAACAACAUGUACGAUCACAUACUGGUGAGAAACCUUAUAAAUGUCAACUCUGUGGCCGUGGUUUUGUUUCCUCAGGAGUUCUUAAGUCACAUGAGAAGACUCAUACAGGAGUUAAAGCAUUCAGCUGUAGCAUUUGCAAUACCUCCUUCACAACUAAUGGGAGCCUUACCAGGCACAUGGCAACUCACAUGAGCAUGAAGCCUUACAAGUGCCCAUUCUGUGAUGAAAGCUUUCGAACAACUGUUCACUGCAAAAAACAUAUGAAAAAACAUCAGGCAGUCUCCUCAGCUGUAGCAACAGCUACAGAUACAGGAGGGGGAGUUGCAUGUGUUGAAGAUGAUGAUGAAAGCUCUGAGAGAACUUCCAGAAAAUCUCGUCCUGGUGUCAUAACUUUUACAGAAGAAGAGACAGCAGAACUGGCAAAGAUUAGGCCUCAAGAAAGUGCUACUGUUUCAGAAAAAGUUCUUGUCCAGUCGGCUGCAGAGAAAGACAGAAUUAGUGAAAUCAAAGAUAAGCAAGCAGAACUGGAAGCAGAGCCCAAAUAUGCCAACUGUUGCAGUUAUUGUCCGAAAAGCUUUAAAAAACCCAGUGAUUUAGUCAGGCAUGUUCGUAUCCAUACUGGAGAGAAGCCGUAUAGGUGCGAUGAAUGUGGAAAGAGUUUCACUGUAAAAUCCACUCUGGAUUGUCAUGUUAAGACACACACAGGCCAGAAGCUCUUCUGUUGUCAUGUGUGCAGUAAUUCUUUUUCUACAAAAGGCAGUCUUAAAGUCCACAUGCGCCUGCAUACGGGAGCAAAACCCUUCAAAUGCCCGCACUGUGAUUUGCGGUUUCGUACUUCAGGGCGCAGAAAAACCCAUAUACAGUGUCACUAUAAACCAGAUACAAAGAAAGUUAGGAAGCCUGUUGCCCGGACUUCAACUGAGGGACUACAACCUGUCAGUCUUCUUAAUUCAUCCUCAACAGACCCUAAUGUGUUCAUCAUGAAUAACUCUGUUUUGACGAGUCAGUUUGAUCAAAAUUUACUUCAACAAGGACUUGUGGGCCAGGCUAUCCUGCCUGCUUCAGUGUCAGCUGGAGGUGACUUAACUGUGUCCUUGACAGAUGGUAGCUUGGCCACUCUAGAAGGAAUACAGUUACAACUUGCUGCUAAUCUGGUUGGACAAAAUGUUCAGAUUUCUGGAAUAGAUGCCACUGGUAUUAAUAACAUAACGUUACAGAUUGAUCCAAGUAUCCUACAGCAGACAUUACAGCAGAGUAAUUUACUUACUCAGCAGCUGACUGGAGAUCCCACCAUGACUCCACAGAAUCCCUCCCUCCAGGCAACAGAAAAUGCAGUGCCAGCUAAUGUGGUUAUUCAGCCCAUAUCAGGCUUGUCUUUGCAGCCCACAGUAACAUCAUCUGCUAACAUGACAAUAGGGUCCCUGUCUGAGCAGGAGUCUGUGCUGACAACCAGCGCUAAUGGUGCACAAGACAUUACUCAAGUCAUGACUUCACAGGGUAUGGUGUCGUCUACAAAUGGACAACAUGAGAUAAUGUUGACCAUAAAUAAUUCCAGUUUGAGUCAAGUUCUAGCUCAUGCUUCAGGUUCUACUACUGCGACCUCAUCAGGAAGUCCUCAAGAAAUCACUCUUACAAUAUCUGGCCAAGAUCUUAUUCAGCAUAAUUCUGGAAGCACUGAUCUGAACACUGGCUUAAGGCUGACAGCACCAACCAUCAGCACUCAGACUACAGGUGCUACAUUAACUAUUAGCAAUGACCAGCUUCUUUCUCAGGGCACUUCACUAAAUGCUCCAGAACUUAGUGCAACAGGGGGAGCAAAUCUUCCUUCAGCAACACCCAUAUCUCAGUCUGCAGUUUCUGCUCAGAAUUUGGUAAUGUCUUCAUCAGGAGUUGGAGGAGAUGGUAGUGUCACUUUGACUCUUGCUGACACUCAGGGAAUGUUGUCAGGUGGUCUUGAUGCAGUUACACUUAAUAUCACUUCGCAGGGUCAGCAGUUCCCUGCUAUACUCACAGAUUCCAGUCUUGCUAGCCAAAGUGGAUCAGGAUCACAGCAAGUCAUACUGGUGAGCCAUACACCCCAUCCAGCACCUGUAAACUCUGAUGAAAUAACAUAUCAGGUGACAGAAGUUACCCCUAAUGUGGCUAAAAGCAGUCAAGCAGAAAAAGAAACACGUGGGCACCAGUGUUUUGAGUGUAGCCAAACCUUUUAUUCUGUCACCAUGCUGACACACCACUGCAAAGAGGUUCAUGGCAAGGAGCGAAUACACGUUUGCCACAUCUGCAGUAAGGCCUUUAAGCGGGCAACACAUCUCAAGGAACACAUGCAAACCCAUCAGGGUGGACCUUCACUGAGUUCCCAGAAGCCUAGAGUGUUUAAGUGUGAUACUUGUGAAAAAGCUUUUGCUAAGCCAAGUCAGCUGGAGAGACACAGUCGCAUCCACACAGGAGAACGGCCAUUUCAGUGUACACUGUGUGAAAAGGCAUUUAACCAGAAGAGUGCUCUUAAAGUCCACAUGAAAAGGCACACGGGAGAGAGACCUUAUAAAUGUGAUUACUGUGCCAUGGGAUUUACACAGAAAAGCAACAUGAAACUGCAUAUGAAACGGACUCAUGGUUACACUGGUCCUGUACAAGAGCCUGCAAGUCACCAAGAACAAGAAGGGGAAGACAUCACUCGUGCUCUGAAUUUAGAAGAAGUGGUACAAGAAUCUUCAAAUGAAUGGCAAAAUAUAGGCAAUGUUUUUCGAUAA